AUGACUAAUAAAAAUAUCAGUUGUGUAUUUAAAAAGUAUCACUGUUACCCGAAUAUCACUGUUAAUACAAAUUAUAAAAGAAAACAGUCAACUACAAAAAAAAUAUAUAAAGAAAUUAGGAAGUGGUCAAAAGUUGGAAAAGAACAAAUAACUAUAAAUCCCAAUGAGUUAUUUGUAUUUAAACUACUUUCUUUUAAUAUAUUAGCACAAGAUUUGUUAGAAACUCAUGCAUAUUUAUAUAGAUAUCACAAUAAACAAGCACUAUCUUGGCAAAAAAGGAAACGACUUUUAGUGCAAGAAAUAUUAGAGUCACAAGCUCAUGUGGUUUGUCUUCAAGAAAUGCAAGAAGACCAUUUAGUAGAUUUUUUAAUACCAUUUCAAAAAGCAGGAUUUACUUAUUUAUAUAAAAAACGUACUAAUAACAAGAAAGAUGGUUUGCUGCUCAUGUAUAAGGAUGACAUAUUUAAUUUACUGGAAUUUUCUAAAGUUGAAUUAUAUCAAACUGAUAUUGAGUUAUUAAGUAGAGAUAAUGUAGGUUUAAUCGCUAAAUUUUCUUUAAAAGGGAGUCCAAAUACUAAAUUUGUAAUUGCUACCACACAUUUACUUUAUAAUCCUAAACGUAAUGAUAUUAGAUUAGGUCAAGUGCAACUUUUAUUUGCAGAAAUUGAACGAAUAUCUUUUGUUGAGAAUACUCCAACAGGUCCACGGUAUCUGCCAAUUGUGAUAUCAGGUGACUUCAAUUUUGAACCAUAUAGUGGAGUUUACAAAUUUAUUACUGAAGGUUCAAUAGAGUUUAUUGGAAAAGGCAGAAAUUUAGAACAAUGUGAUUUUCAUUAUUUAACAAAUUCUUUGAUUCCUCCUCAUUUAUAUGUUACUGAUGAAUGUCAACAUUUCAAUGUACUAACACAAAGGUUAUCUGGUAAAGGAAGUGGUAGAGUUAUGUUAAGAAAUACAGAGAAUAAAGAUAUAAUCUAUAAUGAUAAAAAUUCAUCACAAAAGUCACAAAUAAAUAAUUUAGUUGAUUCAACAUCUACUACGUACCAAAAAAUAGAAAUUGUCGAUGGUCAUUAUGUUACAUUUUCAUCGGGUCUUUUAACCCAUCCAUUUAAAUUACACAGUGUAUAUGAGCAUUUAAAUUCAAAAGGAAAACAUGAAGUAACAACAUUUCAAAACGGAUGGAUAACUGUCGAUUAUAUAUUUUAUAGUAAUAUGAAACCUUUAAAAAAAUUUGGAUUACCAACAGCAGAAGAAUGCAUAAAAUUCCAUCGAAUACCAAAUUCAAUUGUGGGAAGUGAUCAUUUAUGUCUAGGAGUUACUUUUCAAAUAAAUAAGAGAUAAAAUUAUAUUAUUCUUUGGUUCACUACUGUAU